AUGGACAAAACAUACAAAGCCUUUAUUAGUAACUCUCAAUCUGUUGAGCGAAAGUUUGAACAUAUUCGUUUUCUAAGGAAUUCCUUUGUGGAGCUGUGUUGUUUAGAUAUGCAAAAGUCAUCAAACAAAGCAAUGACAUGUAUAUUGCAUCUGGGUAAGAUAUUGCAGAAAGGGUGGCAAACCAAGAAGAAAGUGGUUAAAACAAUUUGCAGUUGGCAGUACAUCAAUUGCAUUGAUAUGUGGGUUACAUUAAUAUCAGCUAGCAUACAUGACUAUGAUCUUCAGCCAUUGCUUUAUAUGAUUGUACAGAUUAUAAAUGGAGUUGCCCUCCUGUUUCCCGGGCCUAGAUAUUUACCACUGAGACUCAGAUGUAUCCAAUGGCUUAAUAAUCUUUCUGGUUCUAGUGGGGUUUUCAUCCCUAUUACAUCAUUGGUGCUGGAUAUUUUAGAAUACAAAAUUGCCAAGGAUAGUUGGAAACCCGGCAAAGUAUUGCAACCUAUGUCUACUGUAAAGCUUCCAAAGCAUUGGUUAAAAUCACGUGGCUUUCAAGAAGAGUGUGUAUUAUCGGCGAUUGAACUCCUUUCAGAGCACUUUGCUCAAUGGAGUUAUCAUAUAUCUUUUCCUGAGCUAGCGACAGCUCCACUUAUACACCUAAAGAAGGUCUUUGAGAAAAUUUCUACUGAGAGUUUCAGACGUGUUAUCAAGCAUUUCAUUGACCAGGUGGAGAUAAAUAUUGACUUUGUGCAGAAGAAAAGAGAAGAGGUGCCUUUUUCACCAAAGGAUCAUCAGUCCGUUGAAUCAUUUCUUCAGGUUGAAAAACGAAAUGGUAACACUCCAUUUACACAAUACUACAAAAACAUCAUGAGCAAGGCUGCUUCUAGGAAUUCAAUUUCAGAUAGAAAGGUAUAUUACUCAAUCACUUGUCUCUUCCAAGUUUCUUUUUUGUAUGGCCUUCCUAAUGCUAUUGAGUCCUUACACUCUUGGGAUACCUCAUCCUUUAUUGCUGGCUGGUGGAGAAGGGACAGUGUAAAUGCUUGUGAGAAUCUGGACACCCUAUUUUGGGAAAUGACAAAAAAUGUGAAUCUGAGCCGGAAAAUGAGGGGGUACGUUGGGAGCCAACUUGGAAAGCGAGACCUUAGUGGAGGCCGUAAAGGUGAAAAGACGCGUGGAGGAAUAUUCUACCCUACCAUCUGCGUCAUGAAAUCGUUUGAGACCGCUGAGAGUACCAUCCACUCUCUUUCGGGUCUAGACACUUCGGUGAGUCUAUUGACUCAGGCUCCCCUGGUAGACUAUCGCAAUCUACCGAGGCUGGCGCUGUUUGCCACCGAUAGGUGGCCCCUCAGUCUGAAGACUAACCACCUUAUUAGAACUUUCUUUGGUGAUAAGGUGUACCCAGGACAGCGCUUUACUAGGUAUGCCAUUCUUGGAGACGAUGUUUGUAUCGCCGACGAGAAUGUGGCCUCUCUUUAUCGCCAGACAGUAGCUUGCUUCCAAGCCGGCCCGGCCGCGAGGAAGAGAUCUUUGCCGGUGCUGACUUGGAUCUCGGGUGACGGAAUAAGGCGCCCAGAAGCGACGAGCAGUCGCGGUCGAAGCUUGGCUCUAGGCGAUAGGCUAGCAGUAAGCUUGGCUACAGCGAAGCGCUUACCAAGCGCGAAGGAUUCGUUCCUCUCCCAGCAAGAGGAUGCGCGCCUUCACUUAAAAGAGCUAACGCGCUUGACUUUACCAAGGCUUUCUCAGGGGCUCGUUAGCGGGUCGAGCUCAAACCUUAGCCACUUGAGCCGUAUGCGGGGGAACCCGCACGUGCGGUUCUUAGGGGGGAGAGCUAGUAGGAACCAUCCUAUCCCAAUAGCGAAUAUUUGGAGCUCAAUAUGA